AUGCUUGUUACAUCUGAGGUUGCAGCAGCAGCCAAAGCGGCUGCUGCUGAGGCCAAGGCAAAGGCAAAGGCGGCAGCACAGGCAGUCCAGGCUGACAACGAGGCUCCGGAAGGAGCCGCAGAGGAAGCACCCGCAGCUGCAGCGCCAGGGCUGGCCGCAGGGGGUGUGCCAGUGCCGGAAGGAUUCACAGGUGAGGGGAAGAGUUUCACGGUCCCGGCGCCUGAAGACAGCGACGAUGGCACCGGCAGUAUCGGAAUUCUGUGGACGACAGACCAGCUGUAUGUCAACAAUGCCUUGACCAAUUCGGCAUUCGAUCGCAGCUUCAAUAUUAACAAGAAAGGCGGAGUCACAAUCUCGGUUCGCAAGCUGGGUACUGAUUGGGCUCUGGCUUGGGCUACAGCUAAGAAGCUUGCAAAGUGGCCCGAGCAGAAGGAACGCUGCCCCUUGCCUAAAUAA